AUGCGUUGGACAAAAUCCAUGAACGAAAACGCGUUGCGGGCGUACUAUAGGGCGAAAGGGGAAGAAACUGUGGGAAUAGCGUAUAGGUCUCGGAUGUAUUGCUUUUUUGCUGAGCUGGAGCCGUCUAUCUCCGUCACGGAACAAAACCUGGCAGACCGAGUUCGGUACAUCAUGCGCUCGAAAAUAUUUGAUGAUGCCGAACUCGAACGACUACGACGUGAGGCUAUUCCGUCGUCGAAUGAAUCGGCUAUGGCUGGAGAUGCAGCUCCACAUUCGACAGACCAGCAUCCACACGUGGAAGCCGCCAUGGAUCUUCCAGUUGUGGUUGAUUCGAACGACGAUGAAAUAGUCUCCCGCGAACUAGAGCAAAUGAGGAGUAUAUUGGAAGAGGCGAUUUUGGAAACGCGCAGCACCCCUCUCGAAGACCGCGACUUCCCCGCAUACCCCUAA